GAAAAAUCCGAAUCCUGAAUAUCCCCAUUUUGCAGUAGCAGAGUCUGGACGACGUCCAUUGAUAAUUAUAUAUGAAUGGCCAUCCAUGAGUAUCAUCUGUAUAUUGAAGGGUGGUGCAAAGCGUCUUUAUUCGAAUAUGGACUACAGCCCAGAUGGCGAGUUGUUGGUUUCACAAAGUGGAGAACCUGAUUAUUUGAUCACGGUAUGGAAUUGGCGAGAACAUAAAAUAUUGUUGAGAAACAAAUCCUAUGUCAAUGAUGUCUAUCGGGUGAAGUUUUCACCUUAUAUACCAGGACAAAUAACGACAUGUGGAGUUGGUCACAUAAAGUUUUGGAAGAUGGCUACUACAUUCACGGGUCUCAAAUUGAAAGGUGAACUAGGAAGAUUUGGGAAAACAGAAUAUUCCGACAUUCUAGGUGUCCUACCAAUGCCUGAUUCGAAGGUUGUAUCAGGCUGCGAAUGGGGAAAUAUGCUUCUAUGGGAUGGUGGACUUAUAACGCUGGAGAUAUUCAGAUCCCUAAGAAGGAAAUGUCAUGAUGCACCGAUAGUACAAAUAAUAUAUAAUGAAGGAGAACUUUGGACAAUUUCUUUGGAUGGCCACGUUCGUAUAUGGUGGUAUGAGAAAAUUGAUCAUGCUGAUCCACCAGAUGAUGAUCGAGUUUUACUUCUGGACCCCUCUUAUGACUUUUAUACACCAGGAUUGAUGUUGUACUGUAUUGAAAAAAGAUUCGUUGGUGACUCCAAUGACAGCUGGUACGUUGCCCAGGAUGGAAAUGGUGGAAUCUGGUUGAUAGAUCUAAAUACAGAAGUUGAACCAAAACCAUCGAGACAACUCUACAAAUGUCACGCUGGUGAAGUUGUAGAUAUUGCUACCCAUCCCUCUGGGCCAUAUUUGGUUAGCCUAGGAAAAGACGGACGAAUCUAUGUAUAUAAUUAUCUACACAAGAUACUGAUAUUCCAUCAUGAAUUUCCAGCUGGAGGAAGAUGUUUGAUUUGGCUUGAGUCAGAUAUCAUCAAGACAGCAGAUAUCAUGAUAGCCGGCUUCGAUGAUGGACAAAUAAGAGUGUGUUGCUUACUUAAUCUUGAUAGCGAAACGAAUAUAUCUCUAACUAUAACCCAGAUCAUCAAGCCCCACAACAAACCCAUAACUAGUAUGUCGAUCAAUCCAUCUGCAAAAGUGUUAGUGAGCAGUAGUGAAGAUAGUACCAUAUUCGUGUUCGCCUUGGAAGUCGACGAUGAAGCUAAUGACUAUUUGAUUCCUAUUGGAUUUAUUCCAACUCCUGACAUUGUGACAUGUAUUGCUUGGCAUCCCGCAAACGAUCUGACUGUGAUAGUCGGAUGUUUACACGGACAAAUAAUGCAGGUGAAUGUACCAUGUGAACCUCAAUGUUACACUGAUGUAUCAUUCCUCUUAAGAGUGGAUGCACAAUAUCUCAAUUUCAAAACAUACAAAGCUCAGAUCAGAAGGAACAUAAAAAUAAAAAAUAUCCAAACUAGGAAGAAAAAAAAGAUUGAGAAGAAACGAAAAGACAUGGAACAAUUGAAGAAAGAUAAUCCUGGAUUAGAGAUAGAUGAAGAAACUUUCCUGGCUGAUUCUGAAUCGGAAGAGAAACUUGAGCCAUUGUUCAUACCAGAAAUACCAAAUACAAUAUUAUGGCUACGCUACACAGAAGAUGAUACUAUCUGGUUAUCAAUGGGAGGAUAUGAUGCUGGAUACAUCUAUGAAUACAGGAUCGAUCAAAAAGAAGAAGAACCCUUUCGAUUCCAGAUGGUUCACGAUGGAGACGACAUCGAAAUCAGCAGCUAUGUCUAUGAUUACAGAAAAGAUUAUCUCAUAUUUGCGAUGCAAGAUGGGUCGAUACGAGUGAACAAAGUGAACAAGAAAGACUUCAGAGAUGUAUCGGACUAUUGGACAUUAUCGAUGCAUGACAAUCAACAUGGCUUCAUUCCCAAAAUGUGCUUCAGCUCCGAUGGAAAGUUUUUCUUCAGUUGUGGUUUCGACGGUAAUAUUUUCUCCUACAAGUUUCAACCAAAGAGAUACAUGUAUCCAAAACCAUCAUACAUAGAGAAGCGGGAGAAUAUUCCAGAGAAUGUUCAAGAUAUUGAUAGCUAUAUUAAACUCAGCUUAGAAGAUACCAAAGUGAAAAUUGACAAGGAUCGUAUUCAGAAAGCAGCGAAUGAGCAUAAGGCUGGAGUCAGAAACAUCAUAAAACUAUUGAGAGAACGAUACUCCAAAGUACUGGUGAAAAAUUCGAUGCUACUAGCCAGUCAGAUUAUUGAGAAAGAAAACCUUGAGCUGGACCCUAGAGUCACCGAAUACAUCGACAAUGAAUUCGAAGAUAAGUUGAAGCUGGUAGAAAGAAAAAUUGCUUAUGAUCUAGAGAGGUCGAGAGUGCAGAUGAAGAAAUUGAAGAAAUACGUUACGGAUCCUGUUGAUAAACAUCCCAUUGUUGUGAAAGGGAUCAACAAUCCGAAUGUCGAGUUACUCACAGUAAGACAAAGGGUGAUGCCUCCCAUCUUCUUCGUCAUGAUGAAAUUGGUGGAAGAAAAAUUGAUAGAAGAGCAGAAUAAAGGCAGGCCUCCUGAAAGAGUUCAAUGCGUUUCGAAACAAUCUGUACAAAAACAGAAGAAAACUACGACCUUGGAAUAUUUCUUAUUGAGUUUGAGUCCAUCAAUCAUUGAACGAAGACUGGGAGCAAGACUAACUCGGAUGCUGAAGAAGUAUAGACAGAGGAGAGAGAAAUGGGACAAACGUUUAGAAGAGUGGGACCAAUUCAUGUCAAAAAAACCAAUUCCUGGUAAAAAUCACCCGGACGAUGAAAAAUUGCUCAUGGAGGCUAGAAACAGUAUCGGAGAUUAUAAACUGAAGAAUAGCGAUGAUUAUAAACCACCGCCCCAUCUGAGAGAUACAACUGUCAAGAAAUAUAAACAAGUCUUGGAUGCUAGAUUGAAGCAAUAUAAUCUACGACACUGUUUCAUUCAAAAAGUAUGGGACAUAAGAGAUCUCAAAUAUGUGGUGAGAAAUCGAUUAAUAGACCAACGACAGACAAUUGUUUCAUUGAAUGAAGAAUUGCCUCAAUCAGUUCAUAAAUUGGGUCCCGACAUUCCAGCAAUAGAUGAAUCUGAAUUUCCAGAAAAGAUGUUGGAACCUAAUGUGAUUCUGCCUGAAGAAGAAUUUGACGCCUUGGAAUCGGAAGACGGCAAGAAAAUCAUAAGAGUGUUAGAUUAUGAUCAAGAAGAACGUGAAGUUUUACCAGAAAGAUCAAGUUGUCCAGUAGUGGUGAAUGGUUUAUUCAAGUAUUCUCUUUCAAACAAUGCAAUUGUGGCAGCAAUGGAAUCAGAUUUCGAAUCAGCAAUUGAUAAAUCUGACGAAUCUGAUGAUUCUCCAUUCGAAACGGAUAUUCGAACAAAAAGAUUUACCAGAAAACUAUUCGAACAAGAGCAGACCAUAGCAUCCAUAAACGAGGAGAUAGAUGAUUACAACAAUAUAAUAGAAGAGGCCAAAAAAGAAAGGUUGCCAAUACACGUUGGUGGCAAUUUCAUCGAUAUGUACAUACAUACACUGAACCAAGAACUUAAUGUAUUGAAAAAAUUCGAAGAUGGGGAAGAUGUACUCCUUCAAAAAGUAAACGAUAAUCUCAAACUCGUCCAUACCUUGCAAGAUGAAAUUGAUGUCUUCAAAAUGACACAAGAAGAAUAUAAAUUGUUGAUAGAAAAUAUGCAUUUGGAUGAGAUGAAAAUCCAAGAAAAAUUCAGACAUGCAACAGAGAAUAAUAAGUUCUACGACUUUCUGAAAAAAGUUUUCAGAAAAAAAUAUAAGCCUCCUAGGCAAGCCGAUGUGGAUGAAUCUAGUUCGGAGUCAUCGUCUUCAAGCUCUGAAGAAUCAGACAUAGAUGAAGCUGGUAGUAUAGACUCUAGAGAUUUUGGAAUUAUUAAACAAGAUUUGAAUGUUUGCCCCAAGGGAUGUGAAUAUGCUAUAUACAAUUUGACAGUGGAUCUACGGUCCAAAAGACAUGACAUUGAACAAGCUGUAAAGGAACAAACCCGAUCCUUAGACACGGUGAAAAAGAAUAUCGAAUUAGGCAACAGAAAAAUGAAUAUUUUGCAGAACCAAUUGAAAGCUAGCCAGAAUGAUUUAGAAACAUACCAGAGAGAGAAGCAACGGCGACUCAACCAGGUCAAAUGUACUGUUGUAUUGACAUUAGACCAAAUUUAUGAUUAUAAUCCUGAAGAAGAUGAGAUCACUGAUUAUUUGGUAUUUGCUAAAACUACUUUGAAUGAUUUAUAUAAGAGAGUGGGAAGUUUGCAGCAUGAAAACUAUCAACAGAGAAGUAAAUAUGAUUUAUAUCAGAAACAUUUAUCUAGACUGAAGAAAGAUUUGGGUUACAUGCAGAAUAAAGUGAAAUUUUUGAAACAACACAUCAGUCAUAUAAUGCAGGAUAAGUUUGGGAAAGUGGUUGAUAUAAAUGAAAUAGAAUUAGCCAUACUGAAAAAAACUUUCCACAAAUCCCACGUUAAUGAGCUAGAAGAAGUUGUUCUCAAAAAACUUGAAAAAAUUUUGAAUGCUCAGGCGGAGUUGACAAAAACUAUAAAAGAUAAUACGAAACGACUUGAACUCCUUCAAGUGAUGAGUAAAGAAAAAAAUGAUCUCGUCAAGGUGAUCAAUUUACAACCAAAAAAGAAAGAACAAAUCGAUAGAAUCCUAGAAAUCCACAUGGAAUAUUCGAAGGAAAUAAAGAAGCUGGAGAAUAUAAUUCAAGAUCAAACCAGUCAACUUCAAGAAAUGAAAAUAGAGAUGAAAAUGUUGAAAACUAAAAGUCACCUACCAAAACAAAAAAUCAAAGAAGAGAUGUCUGUGACCAAUAAAGCAGAUGAUAAUAAUAGAGACUGGCUGGACUAUGAUAAAUACAUCGAUUCAGAAGAAGCUAUACCACAAAAAAUCAUACAGGAAAUUACUCUUCCAGAAUUUCAUGCCACUGAAGUUGAAGAUCUACUUCGAGGAUUGCUUGAAGAAAUGCUGUCACAUGUAUCUUCUGAAGAAACAUUCCAUGUAGAAAAAAUGGUGGAAAAAAUAUUGAGUAGCAUAUUGAGAUGCGCAAGCGUACAGGCAAUCAUCAAUGAAAUAAUAGAAAAUAUUCCAUUUGAACCCAGUCCAGAACAGCAGAGUAAUAUCGACUCAACUGCAGAAAAGAUAUAUCAAAUACAAGAACCAGAGAUGAGCGAUGAAAGUGUCAACAGAUGCGCCAGAGAGAUCUUAGAAGAAACUAUCGAUGAAGUACUUUUAAUGAAAGGAGAAGUCCAUGAAGUCAUUUUACGCCUGGUAGAAAAAUUAGUUGAAUCCAUACCGAUCGAUUUCCUAUUGCAAGAUGAAUCCAUCCAGUCUGUUGUAGCCAAAAUCAGUGAUGUUAUGGGCAAUUCGGAACUUGAUAGGGAAAACCUAUUGAAAUCGGUUGACAGUAGUAGUAGUGUUUACAGAACUGAAAUGUUAUCAAUUCUGAAUUUACUUCUGGAAAGGGUAUAUGGUACUGGAAUUGACUAUAUGUAUGUUGUGAAAUAUGAGUGA